UACUCAAGAGUCAACUGCAGUCAGUAGGGUUCUGAGACUGUUUCUGUGAAAUCAUGUGACCACAGGUUCUCCACCCCUCUGCUGAUAUAAAAGCUGUGAUCUGCUGUCUCUGCAUUGUCAGUAUCUGGGACCAUCAACACAGGUAAGAACACUUUAAGACAGUAAUUAUGAAAUACUUGCAAAUGUUAAGAUCAGGAGUUAAUACUAGAUAAAAAUGCAUAAGGAUAAUUAUACAUUAUCCAUGUGCAGCUGUUGAGUCCUCAAAGGUCACUGAUCAUCACAUCACUGAUAACUGAACAUACUAUCUGACAUUCCUAAGUCAUUCAUAUCUUAUAUUAGAAUGACAUUUAAAUAAGAGCUUUGAAUUAACUAAGAUUUGUUUUCAGUUAAAGGGCCACUGUGUAAAACGGGUUGAAAACAGUGACAUCAGUGGUCAAAUUCUAGAUUGCAGGGCUCACUCGCUCACCCCUCCCGUCGGGUAAAUGACGGUGGCCUCGUAGGGACAAAAAGCCUUGCGCAGACACAAGUUUUUCAGGAGUAGGUCUAUCUAGCGACGAGGUGAAUGUUUAUUUAGAAAUCUAAACCAUGUUACGAUAUUGUAAGGAAUCCCUCACGAGCAGGAGACCAGAGGAGCGUUCGGGAAAAAUGCCCGUUUAUUUGAGCACUCCAAAAACUCUGGUAACACAGAGGGUAAAAGACUCCGUCUUAAACUCUGACUCUUCUAGCGUAACACACAUUUCACACACACAUACUCACUUACAGUACCAAGCGGGGACCCCCUCCCCUCUCUGCUCCACCAAUCUCCAGCCCGCACACUGACAGCGUAGCCUAUAAACAGAGCUUAGCUGUUUAUUUAGCCUAGCAAUAUCUCCGGACUAUAGUAGCUGCAAUGGACGACUUUGAACGCGAUUUUGAAGAGUUUCUUGAAGCGGACACAGACCCAGAGCCAUACAUGUUUGAGCCGGAGCAUACAGAUGAGGAACUCCAUGUUUUGGAUGCUGAGCGGGUGAGGAGAGAGGCUGAAUCCUCCGCUCCCAUUUUGCUGCACAGAAUGGGAUUCGGUGUUACCAUUGUUGGGGAGAUAUAUCAUCAGGAGGAAAAGUGCUGGAGAGAGUGCAUCACAAGGAGUGAAGUUGCGUCUUCUUUUCCUCCUUCUUUCCUGUUGCGUGAGAACUCAUACGAAGGUGCUCCAUCCUUAUCCUCCUGUAAAACUGUUACCAUGGCAACGAAAACCUCAUCCAAAUAUGACCACAUCACCUGCAAAGAUCCGAUCCAACCAGGAUCUCCUAAUGUUUACAGGCUGAAACUAAAGAAAGAGAAUAUUGGAACUCUGACAAGAAUGACUCUCGGUGAAAAGGAUCCAAGCAAGUUAAACAAAACCAUCUUGCUUGUGGGUGAAACAGGAGCAGGAAAAUCUACUCUGAUCAACGCUCUGGUCAACUACGCCAUGGGAGUGAAGUGGAGGGACGAUGUCUGGUUUCAGAUCGUAGAGGACGAGAAGAAAAGUCAAUCAGAAAGUCCAACAUCAGAUGUGACUGACUUUCAGGGUGAGGAGAAAAGUCAGUGUGAAAGUCAAACAUCAGAUGUGAUCGUGUACGAGAUCUUUGGUUUUGAAGGUCAAACUCUGCCCUACUCUCUGACCAUCAUCGAUACUCCUGGAUAUGGGAGCACUGCAGGAACUGAACAUGAUGUCAUCGUCAGUGAAAGGUUAUUAGACUUGUUCUGCUCAGACGAUGGAGUUCAUGAGAUCAAUGCAGUGGGUCUGGUGAUGAAAGCGAGUGAGAAUCGUCUGGAUGACCGACUGAGGUACAUCUUUGAUUCAGUUGUGUCUCUGUUUGGAAAAAACAUGGAGAAGAACAUUGUUGCCCUCAUCACACAUUCAAAUGGAAGAACUCCUAAAAAUGUUCUGAAAGCCAUUGAGACUGCAGAGAUUAGAUGUGCCAAAAAUGAGAAGAAUCAGCCUGUUCACUUCCUGUUUGAUAACUGCCAGCAUGAAGACAGGACAGAGGAGACAGAAGCUCUUCAACAAGCAGAUAAAAGAACAAUGAAAGGACUGAGUCAGUUCACAAACUUCCUCGAAAAAACUGAAUCUCAAAAGCUGAAGGAAACUGUGGAGGUUCUGAAGGAGCGGAUUAGACUAGCAGCCUGCAUCCACAACUUGCAAGAGAGAAUUGAGUUUAUUGAAAAGAAACAGAGUGCAAUCAAGCAGAAUCAGGAAGCUCUGAAGAAAUAUGAAAAGAAGAUGAAGAACAAUGAAAAGUUCACUGUAGAAGUUGAUGAGGUCUGCAAAGUUAAACAACGUGUCAGUGAGAGGAGACGGUGGGCAUUUGGGUUAAAUUAUGGAGGAGCUGUCUGCUGCACUGUCUGCAAGGAGAACUGUCACUAUCCAUGCACACUGGCCUGGUAUCCAAAACACUGUGAGGUCAUGAAAAAAAUAUGCACUUUAUGUAAGGAUCAAUGUUUUGUAGCAGAUCAUGAGAAAGGCAAACCAUGCACUGAAUGUGAGGGAAAGUGUUGUGUAUCAUUUCAUGUUAAAGGAAAACAAUGUCCUGUAUGUGAGGAUAAAUAUCGUGAAUCGGAUCAUGAAAAAAAAUUAUACUGUACUGUCUGUACUGGGAGGUGUCCUGUAUCAGUUCAUGUGAAAGAUAAACAGUGCACUGUAUGUGUGGACGACUGUUGUGCAUUAGGUCAUGAGGAAGGCAAACAAUGUCCUGUAUGUGAGGGUAAAACAAAGAAAUCAGAUCACGUUAAAAAAAUGUGGAAGUAUGUGAGCACGACAAGGACAGUACGAAAGACCAAACAGGACAUGAAAGACAAGUUUGAAAAGGGUAAAGCAGGCUGUGAGGAGUCAACAAGCCUUCUGGAAACUCUUCAGAAGAACAUCGAGGAACUUGAGAAAGAAAAAGAUCAUUGGCUGGAAGAGUCGUUCCAGCAUGUUGAGAGUCUGGAGCAGCUCGCCCUGAAUGUGAAGUCACUGUCCACUUUGGUUCAUUUGGACUUCCUGAUUGAGAAGAUGAAGGAGAAAGGAGACACAGAGAAAGUCAAGAAACUGGAAGAGAUGAAAGUUGAAAUGGAUAAAAAUGAAGGAAUCAAAGCAGCGCUAUCGUACCGGAUUGGUAGAGUAACAGCAGCUGGUAAAGCAGCAAAGAACCAAGUUGUAGAUGAACAGAAAGAUAAUGGGGGGUCAGCUGUGUAGAAAACACAGUCUACAAUGUUGGUGAAAUGUGUUUCAUUCUGUAUAUAUUAAGUGUGAUGUUGAUGUAAUAACUACAUAAGAACAUUCAAAUGUAAUCACCUUUUAAAUAUCAGAUGUGUAAUUCCUCAAACAGCGCCCUCUGUGGUAUUUAAUGGCUGUUUGUUUUUGUUCUUCCAGUUUAACUUCACUGUACAGAUUAGAAAACUGUUUGGAUCAACCGCUCUGGUUUUAAAUGGAGUGAGGACGCCCCCUGCUGUUUGAUGUUGAGUACAGCAGCUCCCCUCCUCUAUCUUUAAACAAGACAUUUAUUUUUCUUUAGUUUCUUUGUGUAGGUUCAUUGUUUUUAAGGUUUUCUAAUGUGUUUUUCAGUCAGUACAAGGCUGUGAUUCAUUCUGAUGUUGACAGAAGUCUCAUUAAACUGGUGGUGGGAGAGUAACACAAC